AAGAAGCUGAAUUUUGACCCCGCCUCCUCCUACCUUAUAAAGAAUUUGAAGCCAUUCUCCUCCUACACCUUCCAGCUGGCAGCACGUAGCAAGCACGGCAUCGGAGCGUAUACCAACGAGGUUACCACAGAUACACCACAGACACAACCCUCGGCCCCUCCGCAGGAAGUCACAUGCUCCAGCCCCAACUCCACCAGCAUCCUGGUAAGUUGGGCUCCGCCCCUGGCGGAAUUCCAGAACGGAAUCAUAACGGGAUAUUCCAUCCAGUAUUCUGUCACGGAACGGGACAACAGGACUUCCCAGCAAGUCAGCCGAAUUCCACCGGGAAGCUCUCCGUACCUUCUGGACCUGGAGAAAUGGACCGAGUAUGGAAUCACGGUCAGAGCCCUGACGGAAGCCGGAGAAGGACCAGAGAGUCUACAACUACUAGUACGCACCGAAGAAGAUGUUCCCAGUGGUCCUCCGCGCGACGUGGCGUCGGAGGCGGUGAACUCGUCAGCAGUCAGGGUGGUGUGGCGGGCACCGGCCGUGGAGCGGCAACAUGGUCAGGUCAGAGGUUACCAGGUCCACUACAUGAAGAUGAACUAUGGAGAACCCGCUGGACCCAACCUCAUCAAGGAUAUACUCCUAGACGACUCACAGUGGGAAUACAAUGAAUCUGCAGAAUAUGAGUUGGUUCUAGGGGAACUCCAGGCUGAUACUGCCUACUCUGUGUCUGUGGGGGCAUACACCGCCAAGGGAGACGGGGCACGGAGCAAACCCCAAACUCUCUGCACUACCCUCCCACUCCCAGAACCCCCCAGGCUCUCAGUAAGUCCCACCCCCGUGGGCACGGCCCAGCUCCAGUGGCUGCCUCCACCCAGCCCCGCUACCCCUCUCCUGGGGUACCGUCUAACCUUCGGACGCCUGGAUGUCCUCCCCUUCACCGUGGUAGAAUUCCCCAGCAAGGAAAAGUCCUACACUGCUCAGGAUAUCCACAAGGGGGCGUCGUACGUGUUCCGACUCUCCGCCCGGAAUAAGAUAGGAUAUGGAGAGGAGGCAGCGAUCGAGGUGACCACUCCGGAAGACGUUCCCGGAGGACACCCAGAAAAUAUCCUGUCUGAAGGCGCCUCGGCGUCUUCCAUACGGCUCGCUUGGAAGUCUGUCCCGCUGAUCGAACAAAACGGGAAGAUUGUGAAGUACUCGGUGCAGUACCGGGAUGUUAACGGUAGAGGUGGGAACGCUACCGGGGAGGUGGUGGUGACGGUACCGGAAUCUAGCGUGGCGUUGGAAGGGCUGAGCGCUGACACGGUGUAUGACGUCAGAGUGCGUGCGUUCACAGCGGUAGGGGCGGGGCCGUAUAGUCCCGGUGUCCAGUUUAGGACGCGACCACUGGAUGUGGAAGUGUUUGCUACUAACUUCAGAGUGAAGGCUGCCAUGAAGAACUCAGUCCUGCUGACCUGGGAGAUACGAGAAAACCCCUCCCAGCCUUUUACGAUCCUGUAUGGUAAGGGUCAGAGUGUUGAGGUGGAUGGUAAACAGAACCAGAAGCUGAUAACAGGUCUGCAGCCGGAAACACAGUACUCCUUCCUGUUGACUAACCGUGGCAACAGUGCCGGAGGUCUACAGCACCGCGUAAACCGUCGACCGACCCCGGACGUGCUGCGUUCCAAACCCACGCUGGUGGGGAAGACCAACGCAGACGGGAUGGUGACGGUUCAACUACCGCCCGUACAGACCACCACUACCAUUCUGGGCUACUAUGUGGUGGUGGUUCCUCUGAAGAAAACAGAGAGGAGGGAAGUUCUUGAAGCCUGGUGACAACCUGAUCAGAUGAACCUAGAUGAGCUCCUGAAAGAGAUCAACAGGACCAGUGUGAGCCAGGCGCUGCGUGUCCGUCGUCAGGUCCCGGCCAGCCAAUCAGAUCCCAGGGCCUAUGUUUCCGCCCACUUUAAGAUCCUCCCCCAGGAGUUCACCCUCGGUGAUGGGAGGAGCUAUGGAGAGUUCCGGAACCGCCCCCUGCAAAACGGACAGGAAUAUGUGUUCUUCGUGCUGGCGCUGCUAGACCUGUCUAAUAAUACAAUGUAUUCAACCAGCCCCUAUUCUGACCCCGUGACCUCCAAUGACGUGGACCCUCAGCCAAUCGUAGAUGAGGAGGAGGGGCUUCUGUGGGUGGUGGGGCCGGUAAUGGCUGUCAUCUUCAUUGUCUGCAUCGUCAUCGCCAUCCUACUCUUCAAGAGUAAACCAGACAGGAAAAGAGCUGAGGCAGAGGGAAGGAAGGCUAGUUUCCCCUGCAGCAAGGCCAUGUCCUCUCACCAUCCUACAGAUCCUGUGGAGCUACGCAGAAUCAACUUCCAGACCCCAGGCAUGGCUAGUCACCCACCUGUCCCCAUCUCUGAGCUCGCUGAUCAUCUAGAACGCCUGAAAGCCAACGACAACCUGAAGUUCUCUCAGGAGUAUGAGUCCGUUGACCCCGGACAGCAGUUCACCUGGGAGCAGUCUAACCUGGAGGUCAACAAGCCAAAGAACCGCUAUGCUAACGUCAUUGCCUACGACCACUCCAGGGUUCUACUGUCCAGCAUCGAGGGUAUCCCAGGCAGCGACUACAUCAAUGCCAACUACAUUGAUGGCUACCGUCGUCAAAACGCCUACAUCGCGACGCAGGGCUCUCUCCCCGAGACCUUCUGUGACUUCUGGAGACUGGUUUGGGAACAGCACACGGCCAACAUCGUCAUGAUGACCAAGCUAGAGGAGAAGUCUCGGGUAAAAUGUGAUCAGUACUGGCCUACCAGAGGAACAGAGACAUAUGGGCUGAUACAGGUUACUCUGCUGGACACUGUAGAGCUGGCUACAUACUCUGUUAGGACCUUCGCUCUCUACAAGAGUGGCUCCAAUGAGAAGCGUGAGAUUCGUCAGUUCCAGUUUACAGCCUGGCCGGACCACGGGGUCCCCGAACACCCCACCCCCUUCCUGGCCUUCCUACGACGGGUCAAGGCCUGCAACCCUCCAGACGCAGGACCCAUGGUCGUACACUGCAGUGCUGGAGUGGGCCGGACUGGUUGUUUCAUCGUGAUUGACGCCAUGGUGGAGCGAAUCAAACACGAGAAGACAGUUGACAUCUACGGUCACGUGACCCUCAUGAGGUCCCAGCGGAACUACAUGGUGCAGACGGAGGAUCAGUACGCCUUUAUCCACGACGCGCUGCUGGAGGCCGUCGCCUGCGGCAACACCGAGGUUCCGGCGCGGAACCUUCACGCCUACAUCCAGAGACUGACCCAGAUAGAACCGGCGGAGAACGUCACGGGCACGGAACUGGAGUUCAAGCGGUUGGCCAGUGCGAAGUCCCACACCUCCAGGUUUGUGAGUGCCAACCUGCCGUGUAACAAGUUCAAGAACCGUCUGGUGAACAUCAUGCCCUACGAGUCCACCAGGGUCUGUCUGCAGCCAAUCAGAGGAGUGGAGGGGUCAGACUACAUCAACGCCAGCUUCAUAGACGGAUACAGGCAGCAGAGGGCUUAUAUAGCCACCCAGGGCCCGCUGGCUGAGACUACUGAGGACUACUGGAGAAUGUUGUGGGAACACAACUCUACCAUAGUGGUCAUGUUGACUAAACUGAGGGAGAUGGGACGGGAGAAGUGCCAUCAGUACUGGCCAGCAGAGCGUUCUGCCAGGUACCAGUACUUUGUGGUGGACCCCAUGGCUGAGUACAACAUGCCCCAGUACAUCCUACGAGAGUUCAAAGUCACCGAUGCCAGGGACGGCCAGUCUCGGACGGUUCGUCAGUUCCAGUUCACUGAUUGGCCGGAGCAAGGAGUGCCAAAGUCGGGGGAGGGGUUCAUUGAUUUCAUUGGCCAGGUGCACAAAACUAAAGAGCAGUUUGGCCAGGACGGACCAAUCACGGUGCACUGUAGUGCUGGUGUGGGGAGGACAGGGGUCUUCAUCACUCUGAGUAUCGUUCUGGAGAGGAUGAGAUAUGAAGGAGUAGUGGACAUCUUCCAGACUGUCAAGAUGCUGCGAACACAGAGACCUGCUACGGUUCAAACUGAGGACCAGUACCAGUUCUGUUACCGGGCCGGUCUGGAGUAUCUGGGUAGCUUCGACCACUAUGCAACAUAAUCCCUCCCUCUGGCCUGAGUCCCAAACAACACCCUAACUCCCUGUGGCGUGCACUACUUUAGACCACAGUGUAUUCUCACUUCUUUGGCCCAGUGUUUACACUCAAAAGUAGUGCACUACUGAUUAGCUACACAGGGAAUAGGGGCCAUUUGAGAUUAGGCCUCCACCACCUCCAGAGGGCAGGGCACCCAUGGCGCCACUCCUCCCCCAAAACGAGCACCUAAACUGAGCCAUAUUUGCGUGUCUGACCGGGAGAUACCUCCAGACCCCAACCCAAACCCACUCACUACUCAGUCAGAAGUGCACUACUUUGUGCAUUAUAUAGGGAAUAAGGCACCAUUUUGGACGCGAACUGGCACUACUUAACAAUGGAUUGAGGAUUCAAUGGAUUGAUAUUGGAACAAGUCUUUACAUGGUAAAGGUAGACGGUUAGGGGAACUCACUUCAUUCACAGGGGAACAAGUCUUUACAUGGUAAAGGUAGACAGUUAGGGGAACUCACUUCUUUCACAGGGGAACAAGUCUUUACAUGGUAAAGGUAGACAGUUAGGGGAACAAGUCUUUACAUGGUAAAGAUAGACAGUUAGGGGAACAAGUCUUUACAUGGUAAAGAUAGACAGUUAGGGGAACAAGUCUUUACAUGGUAAAGAUAGACAGUUAGGGGAACAAGUCUUUACAUGGUAAAGAUAGACAGUUAGGGGAACAAGUCUUUACAUGGUAAAGGUAAUAAGCAACACCCACCUGGAUAUGUACUGGACUACAGUAAGAUGACAAACACAGCAUCAAAUCAACUUUGGACAUUUUCUGUUAUUUUUAUCAAGAAAGUCCACUUUCUGUUUUUCGUCAGGGAUUGAUUGAUUGAACAUUGUGGGGACGAUGCAGAGAGACUUUUGACGAGUGGAACUGAAUGGAACAAACAGUAUUAACGAAACGAGACACCUUGGAAUCAUAGAUCAUGAAACACACCAGGAGGACAUUUCUUUGGGCCCCGGAGUGUUGUUUCAGGUGAAUGAAGAAGGAGAGGAGGAGGAAGAUGAGGAGGAGGAAGAGGAAGAAGAGGAAGAGGAGGAAGAUAUUUCUACAGUACUAAGUAAUAAUGAGCUUGAUUCAAUCAAAUCCGCAUUCCGGUAUUUACGCAGUAGCUGUUUAUUUUACCCUUAGUCAAAUGAUCAAAUGACAUGACAGAAUGGUUAUAGGGGUGAUGUAAACACCUACCACGGCCAGGUAGACUCCACGGCCAGGUAGACUCCACGGCCAGGUAGACUGCACUGACAGGUAGACUCCACUGCCAGGUAGACUCCACAGACAGGUAGACUCCACUGACAGGUAGACUCCACAGCCAGGUAGACUCCACUGACAGGUAGACUCCACUGACAGGUAGACUCCACUGACAGGUAGACUCUACUGACAGGUAGACUCCACAGCCAGGUAGACUCCACUGACAGGUAGACUCUACUGACAGGUAGACUCCACAGCCAGGUAGACUCCACUGACAGGUAGACUCCACAGCCAGGUAGACUCCACAGCCAGGUAGACUCCACUGCCAGGUAGACUCCACUGACAGGUAGACUCCACAGCCAGGUAGACUCCACUGACAGGUAGACUCCACGGCCAGGUAGACUCCACGGCCAGGUAGACUCCACGGCCAGGUAGACUCCACGGACAGGUAGACUCCACGGCCAGGUAGACACCACGGCCAGGUAGACUCCACGGCCAGGUAGACACCACGGCCAGGUAGACUCCACGGCCAGGUAGACUCCACGGCCAGGUAGACUCCACGGACAGGUAGACUCCACGGCAAGGUAGACUCCACGGCCAGGUAGACUCCACUGACAGGUAGACUCCACGGCCAGGUAGACUCCACGGCCAGGUAGACUCCACUGACAGGUAGACUCCACAGCCAGGUAGACUCCACUGACAGGUAGACUCCACGGCCAGGUAGACUCCACUGACAGGUAGACUCCACGGCCAGGUAGACUCCACUGGCAGGUAGACUCCACAGCCAGGUAGACUCCACUGACAGGUAGACUCCACAGCCAGGUAGACUCCACUGACAGGUAGACUCCACUGACAGGUAGACUCCACGGCCAGGUAGACUCCACGGCCAGGUAGAUUCCACUGACAGGUAGACUCCACUGACAGGUAGACUCCACGGCCAGGUAGACUGCACAGCCAGGUAGACUCCACUGACAGGUAGACUCCACGGCCAGGUAGACUCCACUGCCAGGUAGACUCCACUGACAGGUAGACUCGACGGCCAGGUAGACUCCACAGCCAGGUAGACUCCACAGCCAGGUAGACUCCACUGACAGGUAGACUCCACGGCCAGGUAGACUCCACGGACAGGUAGACUCCACGGCCAGGUAGACUCCACGGCCAGGUAGACUCCACGGACAGGUAGACUCCACGGCCAGGUAGACUC